AAAGUGGCCUUUGAAUUUUCCCACGCGCAGAAUCAGAGGCUAGAAGGGCCUUUUUCGGGGGGAAUCCUGGGAAGGAGCCCGAUUCUAGCAAUCUGACUGAGCGUCCCUGAGGAGAGAGGAUGGCCCAUCCUCUGCCAGACCUGUGCAGAGAAACGCAACUGACCAACAGUGAGGAUGGUGUCGAGUGUGUGAAAGUGAAGGAGGAGGUCCUGGAUGAAGAGGGGACUGGCUCGGAGAUGCAACGCCAACACUUCCGGCAGUUUUGCUACCAGGAGGCCGAGGGGCCCCGGGAGGUUUGCAACCAGCUCUGGGAACUCUGCCAUCUAUGGCUGAAGCCAGAGAGACACACCAAGGAGCAGAUGCUCGAACUGGUGGUCCUGGAGCAGUUCUUGGCCAUCCUGCCGCCAGAGGUCCAGUGCUGGAUCCGAGACGUUGACCCUGAGAACUGUUCCCAGGCGGUGGCCCUGGUGGAAGAGUUCCUGCUGCGGCAGCGGGAGGAGGAAAGGCUGGAUGGGCAGGCUUUGAGGUCAUUCAAAGAGGAAGUGGUUAAUUUCCCUGAGGCUGAGGAGGUUCCAUCGGACACCUGGCAGAGGGUGAUCUUGGGGGAGAUCAAAGAGGAGGAGGACGGAGACUCAGCAUCGCUAGGUGAUGAAAGAGCAUAUGGAGAGGAGCCAGAAAAUUCAGGAGAACUAGGACCCCAAGGGACAUUGUUGGGAAGAACGGGACAGAACAAUUCCCGCAACCCUGAUCGGGAGGAAGCCUCCAAGAGCCAACAGGGGGGCUGUCCUGAGAAGGAAAAAAUGGUUUGUGCCCCACAGGGUUACCAACAAGCCAAAGGGGUAACAGUGCAGCCAAGAAUCCAAGAUGAACGCUUGAAAAAAUGCCCUGAAUGUGGGAAAGGCUUUGUAUGGCGGUCCGAGCUCAUUGAGCACCAGAGAUCCCACACAGGCGAGAGACCCUAUUCAUGCUCGUACUGCGGGAAGAGUUUCAGCCGGAAGUCGUACAUCAUUAAGCACGAGCGGAUCCACACGGGGGAGAAGCCCUACAUAUGUUCCCACUGUGGGAAAGGCUUCAUUUCUAAAUCAGACCUCAUUAAACAUGAAAGAACCCACACGGGGGAGAAGCCGUACAUCUGCUCGGACUGUGGGCGGAGCUUCAGCAGGAAGCAGUUCCUAGUUACCCAUCGGCGGACGCACACAGGCGAGAAGCCGUACAAGUGCUCUGAGUGUGGGAAGAGCUUCAGCCAGCGGACAUGUCUGGUCAUUCACGAGCGAGCCCACACCGGAGAGAAGCCUUUCAAAUGCCUGGUUUGUGGGAAGAGCUUUGGCAGGAGGGACAUCCUUGUGACGCACCAAAAGCUGCACACGAGAGAGAAGGCUUUCCAGUGCACAGACUGGCUGUAGAAGGGCAGUGGAGCCCAGGGAUAUCCUGUUUGCAUUCACAAUUAUAUGUAUUUCAGAGAGGAAUUAGGAAAAAUAAUGAAUGAAGCCUGUGGGGGGGGGAACUGAAUUGGACAUAAAGGUGGAAAGUGGAAGACUUACAGCUUUAGGCCUAAAGUGCAAGUCUGAACAGACAUAAAAGAGCCCCAAACUGAAAGGCCGCCUUCACACAGUACUUUUUAAAAACCUAACAUAUUUUUGAAAUGAUACCCCAAAAUUCAUUGAUGAGUGAGGUUAACCAUUGUAUUGUAGAUGUAAUUCACAUCAAAGAGCCAAGGCUGGCAACAGAUCUUUUUGCAGAUAAUUUCUGGUAGGUAUCUGUGUUGGUCUGUACCAGAACAUCAAGAUUCGAGUCCAGUAGCGCCUGAAAGACCAAUAAGAUUUUCAAGGUAAUCUUUUGAGAGUCAGAUCUCCCUACUUCAGAUACCUGGUGAAUUCUGUGCUUUAAUUCUUAAACUACAGGAGUUGCAUUUGAAAAGCUCUUAAACUGACUUUUUAAAUCUUUU